UAUCUGUCAAAUACUGUUUCUUAUACUUAUUUUUAGUAUUUUUUGGAAGCUUAUCACCUUUGUUUAUGGCUUAAAGUGGCAUUUCAGUCUUUUUUGUCGUUUAAUAAUUACAUUUUCUUGAGUUUUAUUUGAUUUGAACGUUUUUUCUCCAAAUUAUUGGUAAAAUGGAUAAACUGAAACGAGUAUUGAGUGGAAACGAUGAUUCAACAAAUGAUGAAAAUCGCGGUAUAAUGGGUGAUAUUGAUGAGUUUGCUACACUCAGCUGGUCGACUCGCAUCAAAAUGUUUUGCUUUUGCUUUGUUAUUGGAAUCGUAUUUUCAUUGAUGGGUUCACUUGUAAUAAUUCUACAUUUGGGAUACACUAGAUUUGCUAUAUUUUACACUCUAGGAAAUAUAAUCUCAAUGGCCAGUACAUGUUUUUUAGUUGGUCCGGUCAAGCAGAUGAAAAAUAUGUUUGCAGAGAAACGGAUAAUAGCCACAAUCAUUGUUAUCAUUUCGUUUGUUUGCACUUUGAUAGCAGCCAUUUGGUUGAAAAAAGGCUUACUGGCAUUCGUAUGCAUUAUCAUUCAGUCGUUGGCCAUGACCUGGUAUUCCUUGUCGUACAUUCCAUACGCACGUGCGGCAGUUAAAAAUGCGGUCAACACUUGCAUUGCAUAAAACCCAAUUAUUUGAUGCUAAUUCUUAUUGAAAACACAUCACAAAAAUUGUCUAAACUUUAAAGUUUAUGUAGAUAUUUCUUUUUCCGAUUCGAAAAUGCUUUAAACGAUAAUUUAGUGUUGACUGAUGGGAAAUGUAAUCAGUAUUUUAAUGCAUCUCUCUAUAUGAAAGUAUUUAUAACGUGAUUGAAUCUUUUUCUCCUUUUUUCAUUUUUUUGGAUAAUAUUCAAUUAUAAACGUUCUUUGAAGCAUAUUAAUAAAAUUCUCUUCCAAAAUGUUCCUUCAAUGUUUGGAAUAUCGAUUUAGUUUAUUAAAAUACACAAACAAAUGAAAACUGCACCCAAUAUACUUUGCACGACAUUUUUGGGUAUAUUAAUUACUAUUACUGAAUAUAAACCGGGUUAAUUACCCAUCAUAGAAAAAGAUCCAAGCACAUACAAUUUAAUGAUGAUGCAAACAUCUUCGAAAUAUUUCGGAAAUAUAUUUUUUAAUUGAGAAAUACUACACAAAUAGAUGGUUCUUAACGAUUUUUGACAUA